UCAAAGAUGCAUCGGCUGAAUAUGCUUAAGAGGCACAUUGCCGCCUCUGAAACUAGCGAGUGUCAGAGCAACGAUUCGUUUACCGUUGUGGACAAUAGAACAGGAAACACCUAUGAGAUGCCUGUCACGGAUAAUACGAUUUCAGCAAAAGACUUACAGAAAAUUAAAAGUCCUGAUGGUGAAGUCACUAGAUACUUUGAUCCAGGAUACAUGAACACUGUCAAUUGCAGAUCAAGCAUAGCUUUCAUAGAUGGAGAGAAAGGAAUCCUAGAGUAUAGAGGCUACUCAAUUGAAGAACUUGCAGAAAAGUCUACAUUCUUAGAAGUUGCAUUCCUUUUGAUCUACGGAGAACUCCCAACCAUCCAACAAUGGAAGAAGUUCAACAAGAAAGUCAUGACUCACACAUUCCAUCAUAAUGAGUUGAGAAACAUGAUGAAAAGCUUUAGGUACGAUGCUCAUCCAAUGGGUAUGUUCGUAUCUGCUAUGUCUGCUUUAUCGACAUUCCAUCCUGAGGCUAAUCCAGCCCUCGCUGGACAAAAUUGAUAUGAUGACCCAAUUGCUAGAAACAAGCAAAUUUAUCGUAUCUUGGGAACUGCUCCAACAAUUGCUGCUUCUUCAUACAGACACAGAAUCGGAAGAGAGUAUAACAGCCCAAGAUAUGGAGGCUAUACUGAGAACUUCUUCUACAUGCUAGAUAAUUUGAAUGAUUCAGAUUUUAAGCCUCAUCCAGUUCUUGUCCGCGCUUUGGAUGUCCUGUUCAUUCUCCAUGCAGAGCAUGAAUUAAAUUGCUCAACUUCAGCUGUGAGGCACUUGGCUUCUGCUAACACUGACAUUUAUACUUGUAUUGCAGGAGGAGCAGCAGCUCUGUACGGACCAUUGCACGGUGGAGCUAAUGAAGCAGUCCUCAAGAUGCUUACCAAGAUUGGAACAAAGGACAACAUUCCAGCUUUCAUAGAGAAAGUCAAGAACAAAGAAGAAAAGUUGAUGGGAUUCGGUCACAGAGUGUACAAAAAUUACGAUCCAAGAGCAAAAAUUGUCAGGAAGGUCGCUGAAGAAGUUUUUGAAGUGUGCGGUAAAGAGACUUUGAUCGAUAUUGCCAUGGAAUUAGAGACUAUUGCCCUCAAUGAUCCUUACUUCAUCGAAAAGAAGCUCUAUCCAAAUGUAGAUUUCUAUUCAGGAGUUAUCUAUAAGGCAAUGGGAUUCCCACCAGACUUUUAUCCAGUUCUUUUCACCAUCCCAAGGAUCGCUGGAUGGCUUGCUCAUUGGAGUGAAUUCCUUGAUGACAAAGAUAAGAAGAUCGUCAGACCAAGACAAAUAUACACUGGACAUAGAAAGAGAGGCUAUGAACUCAAGGUGGAAAGAGACGUAAAGGUGAAUGUCUCUCUUGAAUCUACCAAGUCCACAAAUGGCGUCAGAAGAAAGGCGGCAUACAGAUAUUGGAAGUCCGAACAUUAAAUGUUUACGUCAUUCAAUACUCCAUCAACAUAAA